AUGUGGCAUGCUGAUGUGGAUGGUUGUACCACGUGUCAUAAUGUUAUUAGGCCACGUCCGCCGCCCCUUAAUCAGCAAGCAAAACACAAACCAACACACACCCAGCAAAGAAAAGAAACAGAAAGGAAAGGGAGAAGAGGGAUCCGCAGAGAAAGAAGGAAGAAAGGGGAGACGGAAGCAGGGGAAGGGGAGAAGAGAGGGAGCUGUGAUCCACAGAGGAAGGAGGAGGGAGACCGUCGCUGCAGCUACGCCACUGCCACCGCGUCCUGUUGCCAGCGCCGCCACCGUCCAGCUCGAGCCACCACUGCGCCAUUUGUCACCAUCGCGGGGAAGCCCAGAACUGAGGAAGAGAGCCGCGCGAGGAGUAGGAGGCGUCGCCAUCGGUGGAGCCCGCGUCGUUGCCGUUGCCGUCGCCGUCGAGGUCUUCCCGUCGUCGUUCCUCACCACUGCCGAGCCGCCGUCGACGCAGAUCUGACUAGAGGAGAAGAGGGAAAUGCGACCAGAACGGGAUGGAAGGGAAGGAAGCCACCUGCAUCGCUACCAUCAAGCCAUCUCUGUCGUUGCUGCCGUCAGAAACCGCCACUGAAGCUUCUGUUUUCUUGGAGUUUAUUUAUCGCGAGUUGCCGCCGUUGGAGCCACCACUGGAGCUACUUCCAUUCAGUUCAGCUGUUCUUCCUUAUUACAAUAGGUUCGAGUUCUGUAUGUUGCAUGUUGCUUUUAAGUUGCUGUGAUUGCUGCGAAAGUGAUCAGAGGCCGAGGUUUCGGUUGCUGUUGGUUUUGAGCUGAGAGAAAAGAGCUCCGUUUGCGCAUUUGGUUUAUGAUUUCGCUUGUCGAGGUAGGGGCUGUUUAUAAAAACUAAUUCAUUUUAAAUUGAAAUUGUUAUAAAUAGAUAUGACAUGCUAAAUGUAUUUCUGGUGAUUAUGUAAGUCUUAUGCAUUGUCUGAUUUGUCUUGGAUGAAUAUGGUUGUCUGUUGAAUUAAAAUAAUGUCUGAUUUUGUUAAAUGGAGGUUUCUGAUUGUUUUGAUUUGAAAUGAUCUUUAAUAUUUGAAAGUUUGAAUUUGGUUUUAUUGGAAACUGAUUUGGUCUUGAACCCGAUGGAAAGGGGUUGAGGAUUGGUUUGACUUGGAUCCGAAAGGGUGGUAAAGUCCAAGUUUUAGGGGAGAUAUUGCCGAAAUUUCUAUAAAAUUUCGAGACUUUAUUUGAAAUGUUAUUUUAAAAAUAAUGAAUUAUGCUUUGAAUUGAAUUAUUGACAAUGAAUUAUGUUGGAACUUAUUUUAUUAAGAAAAUUAUUAUAUUGUGAAUAUAAUUUAUUUAAGAAAAGAAUUAUGUUUUAAAGUCGAUUUAAAGAUGAAAAUUCUUAUGUUUUGGAAUUUGAUUUAAGUAAACAGAUUUGGAGGAGUUUAGUGGAUUUAAAAGAAACUUGAAUUUCAAGUAACUAAUUUCGUUUGACGAUGUUUUAGGAAAGGUUGAAAUAUUCUCUCAAACUUUGAUUUAGUAAAACUGAAACAAUUUCUGAGCAUUUGGAAACAGAUUUAAGAAUGACAUUGAAAAUUGGUUUUCAGUUUAAAAGGAUUUGGUUUUGGUUUAAGAAGUUUUGAAAUCGGUUCGGAAUGUUUGGAUAUAUGAUUUGGUUUUGGUUUUUGAUGAAUUUAAGAAAAUGAGUUAGGUUAUUCACCCCUAAAGUCUUGAGACUCUGGUGAGAAAUUUUAUGGCCAAAUCCUGAUUUAGAAAUGAAUGAUUUUGAGUCUUUCAAAUGAGAUUUUGAAUUUGGCAUGAUUUUAAAAUUGUUUGAAAUUUUUGAAAAGAUGUGGAAAGUAGCUCCAUUUUGAAAACUGAUUCUUGGCAAGAGGUGAAUUGAAUACAUUUGUUAUUUGAAAGUAAAUUGGCCAAGAAUGAUUUUUACAAUAAGAUAUUGAGUUUGAUUGAUUGUGGAUAUUACUGAGAAUAUGUUGAGGGUUUCUGACUUGACAAAGAUGGUGGUAUAAUCCCACUUGCUCAGUGCGUAAACCGUUGUGCAGGGAUGGUGGUUUUAUCCUGCCUGCAGUGAGGAUGGUGGUUUUAUCCCGCUCACGUAUUGAUAAAUUGUUUAGCAAGGACGGUGGUGUGAUCUCGCUUACAUAUUGUUUUGUGUGCCCAGUAAGGAUGGUCGUUUAAUCCCGCUUACUCUGGAGGCAAGGACGGUGGUUUAAUCCCGUUUGCGUGUUUCGAGUAAGGAUGGUGGUUUAAUCCCGCUUGUUUAUGGAACCUACGGAUAAGGAUGGUGGUUUAAUCCCGCUUAUCCGAGUCGGGUCUGGCAACAUAACCGACGCGUGAGCUCAUGGCCAGUAGGACAGACAUGCAUCAUUUGCAUCUACGUGACAUUGAUUGGGUGUGUUUAUUGUAUAUGUGGUUUGUCUAUGUGAAUAAUUAUGCUUAAUUAUUAAUUGCUCAACUUGAUGUAACUGUUUGAUUAUGCUUGAACCUUCUACCUGUGUUUAUGACUAAAAUUGGUUGAAUCUGUGGUGAAUUAGUUGUGGAUUGAUUUGUUUGGGCCUAGAGCCGUAGUUGAUUACGAGAUGGGUCAAAGAUCGUGUUUGAUUUGAGUUUUUGGUUUAGAAAAGUAUGAAAAAUUAAACUGGUUCAGCAUAGAUUUAAUGAACCUAUGCUUGGAACAGUUUGGUCAUUCAUGCUGUCUAGGAAAAACAUUUAAAAAUACUUUUGGAUUUAUGAGAAAUUAACAUUUUUCCCUUUCAAAAAGACUUUCGAAUUUUGAAUAUUAAAUCUUUGGUUUUGAAAAGGUGCAUAAGACAGUUAUUAAUCACUGUACUUUAAAAACGGUCUUAUUUUCGUAUUUUAUUAUAGCAAUUUUGUGACCCUAUAGUGAGAACCCUUUCAAGGACGAUGUUCUCAC